CUUGUCCUUCCUGUUCUGCCAGAGCUGUGCCGUAUUUGUCACAGAGCACUACUCUGCUGCAUAACACACUGCUGCCAGUCAGCCUUGGCAUAGACAUGGCAUUCUCACGUCUCAUCUUGUAAGAACAGACUCAAAGAAGAAGCAAGGACAUCUGUGGAACUAUGGCCACCUUCAUCAUUCUCACCCUGGCUUCUGUCUUCAUGCCUGCCCUAUGUGAUCAACAUUCAGUGAUGGAAAGCGAUGACGUCAUUGCUAAUUACUCCUACAAGUCGCUGACCAGCGUACCCUCAAAUCUGUCCCUACAAACAACUAUACUGGAUCUAUCAUACAAUUUCAUCCAAAAACUGGAAACAAAAGAUUUUGGGUAUUUGUUAGAUCUCAGAGUCCUCAAUCUGUCUUGUAACCAAAUUACUAAAAUGGACUCACAUGUUUUUGACUCUAACAAUAAUCUGGUAUACUUGGAUUUAUCCAACAACCGCCUUGAAAACGUAUCUAAUUCUUUUCCCAGUAACCUUCGUCAUCUGGACAUUUCCUCCAAUAAAUUUAUAACAUUGUCUGUUUGUAGAAGCUUCACAAAUCUUCUCCGGCUGGAAUAUUUGGGUUUUAGUGCUUCUAAUAUUCUUAAAUCAGAUUUGGAAUUUGUUUCUCACUUACGAUUGCAGCAGGUAUUCAUUGACUUAAGUGGAUUAUACCAAUAUGAAAAUUCAAGCCUCCUAGUGUUGAAUACAAACCGCUUACAUCUUUCUUCCCUAUCUGAUCAGAAAGACCUUUUCAGUGUUCUGUUUGAUGCUGUCAAUACUUCAAAGUUUUUAGAACUAUCCAAAUUUGGUAAAUGGGAUGUAGGAAAAGUCUAUGAUGGAUAUAUUUCGGCAAUAGUCAAUAACUCUCGGGUUACCCAUUUAUCCUUGAGGGAUCUUGGCCUAUUAUGGAUUCAUCUUAUCCAGAUUCUUCAGAAAAUAUGGCAUUCAUCUUUGGAGAGCUUACAUGUAUACAAUCUCACUAUUCAGGGAUUUAUCUCCAAGAUAUAUUUUGACUAUUCUAACACUUCUGUGACAGAACUUUUAUUUGACCAUGUUGCGGUUGAAGCGUUUUUAUUCAAUCAAUCGGAUUUGUACAGUGUGUUCUCUGAAAUGAACAUCAAGAAUCUAACAAUUACCAAUUCCAAUUUACUUUUCAUGACAUGUCCUUUAAAACCUAGCACCUUUGAGUACAUCGACUUUUCCAAGAAUGCAGUUACCAACGAUGUUUUUCAGGACUGUUCGACACUGACUAAGUUGAAAAUGUUAAAACUGGCAGGAAAUAAGUUACAAAAGUUGUCUAAAGUAAGCCUAAUGACAGAGAAGAUGACGUCCUUACAACACCUAGACGUCAGCCAGAAUCCUCUUGAUUACACGGAAGAAGACUGCCACUGGUCAUCAAGCAUAAGAACGUUAAAUAUGGCAUCUUGUUCAUUGCCCAGCUCUGUGUUUCUGUGUUUACCAAAAAAUGUCAAAAGGGUUAAUUUGCGUAACAAUGAUAUUUUGGAGGUCCCAUUGGAAAUAACUCAUCUGAUAAAUUUAGAAUACCUUAACCUUGAAUACAAUAGACUCUCCGAUCUACCAGAUUGCACUUUAUUUCCCCGUCUUAUGAUAAUAAGUGUUGAGUUUAACCAGGUACCAUAUCCAUCCUCUGAGUCUCUCAAAAACUGCUCUGGGCCAAAACAAAUUAACAUAGCAAACAAUCCGUUCCAUUGUUUCUGUGAGAUAAAUACAUUUAUAUAUGAGGGAAAAAAGAACCCAGGGAAAUUUAUUGGUUGGCCAGAUGACUAUGUUUGCGAAAGACCCGAAGAUUUCAAAGGGGUCAGGUUAAAGGAUUUCUACCUACCUGAGAUGUAUUGUAAUGUUUUUAUAAUGGUUUCAGUUAUUGUUGUACCAAUAAUUGUUGGCCUAUUGCUAUUUUUAUGUCUAUGUAAGUAUUUUGAUAUACCUUGGUUUUUGAAAAUGAUCUGGCAAUUGAUAAGGACAAAGCAUAGGGCGAGAAAUUCCAAAAAUGGCUACCAGGAGCUCAGGAGAGAUUUUUCUUUCCAUGCUUUUAUCUCCUAUAGUGAAAAUGAUGCAUCUUGGGUGAAGAAUAUUUUGUUGCCCAGCAUGCAGAGCAUUAAUGAUAUCCGCAUCUGUCAGCAUGAGAGGAAUUUUACCCCAGGAAAAAGCAUAGUGGAAAACAUCAUCAACUGCAUUGAUAAUAGCUACAAGUCAAUCUUUGUCUUGUCCCCACACUUUGUUCAGAGUGAGUGGUGCCAUUAUGAACUGUAUUUUGCUGAACACAAACUUUAUUCCGAGAACACAGACAACCUUAUCCUUAUCCUACUGGAACCAAUCCCACAAUAUCUUAUUCCUUCACGGUAUUUCAAAUUAAAAGCUCUCAUGAAACAAAGAACAUAUCUGGAAUGGCCAAAUGAGAAAAGCAAACACACUCUUUUCUUUGCAAAUUUAAGGGCAGCAAUCAGCAUCAAUCUGUCCGAAUCAGAACAGGAAAGCUCAGUUUCUGUCCCAAGUGUAAAUGCAUAAAUGAUUGGCUAAAUGUACUUAGCUGCAAUAACAUGCACAGCCCAUGGAAAAGAUUGGCACUGUUUCUAGUCAAAAAGUGGCAUCUUGAAUCAACCCUUCAGACUAUCUGUUAAUUUAUUGCCUACCCAUGCCAUCUGCAUUGCCAGCCAAUGUAUGAUAGUUGCUAUACUGUGCCCCAUUAAAAACUAUUAUUAGUAACACAUGGUGGUCCUCUGCCAAUCACCUGAAUCAUCCCAGGACACAUCUGUACCCAGUUAUUGGCUGUCACUGCCAAGAUAAGUCCGUCUAAGCAUCCGGGCCAUUUAGCGGGGGACUGAAAAAAGACUUCACAAGGGGACCCCCUAGUGGAGUAUAUGCUUUUUAUUAUUUUCAUGCUAGCCUCAGCACAAUAAAACAUAAUGCAAAUUCAAAUAGAGAAAACAGAUAUGGUCGCACAUCCACAACAUGCACAAUGAUCUAAUGCUUCUCAGCAACAUGUAUUAAACUAACAGGUCGUUAGUGUACUUUAUGAUCAUGAAGUGCAAGCCCACUACCACGUCACGGCCACCUGUAAGUAGUGGGUCCCUAACGUCCCUAGCAUAAAAUGGCAUAGCAUUGAGCAGCGACCACCACCGGCGCAACACCAGUGCCCACAGUGGGAACGACCCAUUGGCAGAGCAGUCCCAAUGCCACUCAAACCAGUCCCUGGGUCCCACAGACACAGACAGUCCCACAGACACUGGCGCCGCGGCAGCAAUUGACGCCGCACAGCACCACAACAGUGUGAACAGGUGUAAAAGCUCACUCACCAUAUGCUCUCAGUCAGAGACUGGGAGGCUGCCAAAAAGAAAGGGGCCCUGUGCAGCUUCCUGCUAAUUUAUAUAUAUGCCUGGGCUGAGGGGGGAGGGGCAGAGUGCUGACCAAGUAAAAACAAAAAACAAGUAAAAACUAAACACAAUAAAACAUAAUGGCCCUCAUUAACUAUUGCAAACCCGACAUGUUUUGUCUGGUUGUGCGCCAGAUUCUGCCCCAUUGCACCAGAUUCUGUCGCAUUGCGCCAGAUUCUGUGCCAGAAUUGAAAAAACCCAGACUGACUCUCCAUUUUGCUAAGAAUACCAAAAAAGGGGCGUGACUGUCAUGAAAACAGGCGUGGUCUCAGAAAAGGGGCGUGUUCCCAACAUUUUCACAAAAACCCAACAUAUUUACUAAGGUUUCCACAGCAAUGUCAUUUAAAACAUUGUGCAAUUUUAACAAAAAUAAUAAUGGUUUCAUGUGACCCCUUAACACUAAGUGUACAGUUAAGUGGUGCUGUAUAGAUUCCACAUUUUCACACACUAUUGGACCUAUGGAUGGAGGGUUAUUACUUUCAAUUUCUAUAUACAAUUGAUCGCUAAGCGACCACUGAACCCUAAAUUUACCAUCCACUAGUAAUAUUAAAAAGUAACUUUUAAUAAGCACCUACCUGAACAUUUAAAAACCUCUACCCACUGGUCUCAUAAAAAAAACACUGUGCACUUCAAUUGCCGUGGCUGUAGUCCAUGGCCACUAUUACUGAGACCAACUGGGUGAAAUGAAAACCUUAAACAUAGCCCCCCCCCCACCCCCGACGUCUCACCACAAGCAGUGGCUUUAUAAAGUGCAAUGGGGGAAAUCGCCAAUUCCCCCAUUUCCCCAUGAUAAAGCCACACAAACAUAUGAUAAAUUAUGUGCAUGUCCGCUAAAAAACCCACAACAAAAGUGACUUUAAAAAUUACAUUAAAAACAACUCAGUGAUAAAUCUCCCCCAGUGUGCUUCUAUUAGAACCGAGGCUGCUGGUACAAAUUGAUCUGAUAAUCUUUGGCUCCUGGAGUGGGGCCCUGAGCAGGAGACCCCCUCUUUAAUGUCCAUAUGCCCUAAUAGGAUUCAUGGACAGGGGUUGUCUUUAUGAGACAGCAACUUUAUCAAUGAUGUAAUAUAGGUAAAUGUAUAUUGUGUUAGUAAUGAAUAUGGAAAGAUACUCUAUUUUUAAGUUUUUUAAUUAUUUUAUACUGUAUAUUUGCCCUUUAUUUUAUACUGUAUAUGUAUGUGAAUUACUUUUUACAUUAAAACUGUGUUUUUCUUCCAACAGUUUGAUUAAGAGUGAAAGAAGAACAUGGUAUUCAUCCACCUACCAUGUGAUACAAUGAAGUUCUCCCUGGUUGUAGAAAUACUGACGCAUUUUGCUGGGUUUUGCCAGGAUGGUUUUUGACCACUUCUGUAUACAUCUGUGCAAGACUCAGAUGUUUGGUGGCAGUCAGAAGCUUUUGAGAUUUUUACAUAUACUGUAUAUUUCUAGGGGGGACCAGUGGAUUGGAGUUCUGUUUUUUAGAAUGAAGUUCAGCUCACAAAUUUUGUUGCAGUCCAUUGUUUUCAGAAACAGAAUUUCCGGCAGAAUUUCUGUGCCGUAAAAAUAUGGCAUGAAAAUUCAAAUUCUUGCCUCAGCAGAAAGUUUUGACAUGUCAAUUCUUUCAGUGUGAUCUGCUCGGAAAUGCAUUGCUGUCUAUGGAGACUGCACAUUUCUGAGCAUUCCUAGAUGUGAUAUGUCUCAAAAUUUUCCGGACAUUCCACAAAAAUUACACCAUAUGAACAUAGCCUAAGAAAGGCAGCACUGGAGUAGCUGGGGAAUGAAUGGAUGAGUUAUGCAACCCCAGGUGCGCCUCACUUUAGCAUUCACUUUUAUUUGGUAACACUGAAUACUUUACAUUAAAGGGGGUGUCUGAGGAACACUUUUUUACUGUAAAUUGUCAAGGGUAAAAACAAUUAAAAUCAUGUACUCGCUUGCUGUGACCCUUCCCCCCCAAUUCGAUCAGAGCUUGGUCCUGCUUUGCGUUACUUUCAAUGUUGGUCUUUACACAAAAAGAGGUGGGCCAAUGCUGUGACCCGUGAUUGGCUGAGUGGGCACUCUUUAGUGUUAAGACUUAGACCAGUAAGUCCAGCUCCUGCACAACAAGGGCGUUUGGGCACAGAGCAGGGGAUGACAUUUUGUUGUAUUAUAAAACAAACAAAGAAUACAAAGUAAUCUUUUCCGACAUUUUCUUAAUGACAAGAUGACCCCAUGGUUACUAUCCACAAUUUUUUGCUAUGUAUUUUUUUAAAUAAACAAUUAAGGCAACUGAACGAGUAACACCGACACGUCCCCUGACAAAACUCAGCAGAGAAAAACGUGUGUUGGUGUCACACACACUCAUGAGAAUCAUACAUGGCAGAUAUUGUGGCUGGUAUUAUGGGCUGCUUCUCUUGUCUUUGAUGUCCUUUUAUUGCCUUCACAUAUGUAUCUUUGUCUAUGCAGUUACGGACUCUUAGCUUUGCAUUGCCCUCUCUAGCUUGGGCGUUGAUUGAUUUAUUUUCUCACCCUCCUGCACCUUCCUUGUAUUUUUUCUCCCCAGGGGUGUUAUGUAUUUUUUGUGGGGGUGGGAGGGGUCCUGUUUUUGAAGUGAUUGUUUUUUUACUGGAUUUUCUCAAUAAAGAUCCAUGUUUGAUAUAAAUACUGUGAUUGGUCCUUUGUUGAUAUAUACCUUUCUUAGAGAAAUAAAAUGCCAUAUUCUAAUUAUACAAGAUGAUUUAGGAAGGACUUGUUAAAAUUUUCGUAUGGUAGAAGUAGGGAAAAGCUGAUUUUUUUUUUGCCUGCACGAUCUAGAUCUAUUGGUGUUACCUUCUCAAGACUGGAUGUUCUAUUAGGGCUUAUAUCUUCCUAAAAAGUAAAAUUAUUCUAGAUGGG